AUGGUUCUGAACCCUCUCAAUCACCCUGGGGCUCAACAGAUACCGGAGAACGAUGUGGAGAAGCGCGGAGAGUUGAAGUCUGCCGAUGUACACGUCACCUCUGGCGGUAGCGAUACCUCUCCAAGCUCCAUUGAUACUCAGCAUGAUGUUCCUCCUACACCUAGAGUCUUGAAGGGAAAACUUGGCAAAUGGAAUGACAGGAUCGAAGGCCUCGCCGGGCUUGAAGCUCGCGGUAUCACGCGUGUCUUACCAGAAGAAAGACAUGGAGGCGGGAGAAAAGGAUAUGGCCAGAUGUUUCUGCUGUGGUUCAGUAUCAACCUCGUAGCGAACAACAUCAUCACUGCUAUGCUUGGGCCUUUGAUUGUCAGCCGAUUUUUCAUGGGCUAUUGGCCCGCAAAGCUUUCCGCGAUCCUGAACGUCAUUAUGCAAGUCGGAUGGGGUACAAUUGGAUGCAUCAUCGCCGGGCAGCUGAUAUCGGCGGUUAACGGCGAAGGCUUGACUGUCGCUGUUGGAUGUAUUGUUGCUGCUCUCCUGAUUGGUUUGAUCGCCGUCUUUGGCAUUGGCCUUGUCCAGGCAUACGAAAGGUGCGUCCAUAAUCGUCUAAUAAAGAAAGAACUUCCUCGAGCUUAUAAAAUCCAGAUACGCCUUCAUCCCUCAAGCCCUCGCCAUCCUCGUCCUGGUCGGCUCUUGCGGAAAGAAUUUCGAUCGCAAUGCCGUUUCCCAGGACCAAGCGGUACAGCGACCGCAAACCGAUGCUCCUUCUUCGCUCUUAUGUUCUCCAGUGUCAUUGGCUUCAGUGCUGUCAGCGCUGACUUCUACGUCUAUUAUCCAACCAAUACCUCCAAACCACUCACAUUCUUCGCGACCUGGUCUGGCAACUGGAUAUCUCAGACCCUGCUCAAUGUCAUUGGCAUUGGUAUUGCCACCGGGGUAGCCGUCACACCUGGCUGGAGCGACGCUUACGGUAUCUCUUCGGGCGCUUUACUACUGAAAUGCUAUGAGGGCCUAGGCGGCUUCGGAUCAUUUUGCGUUGUCAUCCUCGCCCUGGGCUCUGUAACUAAUAACGCGCCAUGCUCGUACGCCGCAGCGCUCACCAUCCAGACACUCGGCCGCUAUGCGAAGGCGAUACCGCGCUGGUUUUGGUGCGUCGUCAUCACGAUUGUCGAACUUGCGCUCUCCGUUGCAGGGCGCGAUCAUUUGUUCAAAAUCUUCCAGAAUUUCCUUCCCAUUAUGGCGUACUGGGUGAACCCGUGGCUCACCAUCAUAAUCAUCGAGCAUUUGGUGUUCCACAAGUUGAAGGGCAAGGGUUUCGACUGGACAGCGUGGGAGGAUAAGGCACGGUUACCGAUUGGUGCGGCCGCUCUGUUUUCAUGGCUUGUUGGAUGGGCAGGCGCGAUCAUCGGUAUGGAGCAAGUCUGGUAUCAGGGGCCUGUAGCGCUAAAAGUCGGCAACUAUGGAGGCGAUAUUGGAGAGUGGCUGGCCAUAGCGUUUGCAGGUGUUGUAUACCUGCCAUUGAGGUGGCUGGAGUUGAAAAAGUCCUUAAGAUAG